AGGGUUUUGAACCCCACUAUUCGUUCUGUUUCUCCGGCGACGGUGGAUUCGGGAUGGGUGUGGGAGUCCGAUGGUUCUCUUUGGGGACAAUGAGGGGCUAUGAUCGGAGGCUUUUGUUACGUUUCUUUCUCGGGUCCCAAUGGUGGUUCAAUGGUCGGAUCUAUGUUCUAAGAUUGGUUCUUAUGGUUACUGGGUCGAUCUCGGAUCUGUUCGCAGUCCGCGGGUCAGGAUCUAUGAGGGGUGUUAGCUCCAAUCGGAUCUGGUUUCGGAAAGAAACAGAAGUUUCGGUUGCUUCUUGUUUCAGAUCCAUGGUUGAAAGACUGGUUUUUGUCUCGGAGAGAGAAUCUGAGAGUUGUGGGUGUACUUUGGUGCUUCACUGCGGUAUCUUGCAACUUCCCUUCUCCAUGGGGACUGCAGGGAUCUCAAUUUCGGAGACAGAGAGUGAGAAUCUGUGGGAUUCAGUAUCUGGUCUGAAUAAUGUUAAUGAGGAAUACUUAAAUACGGAGCUGAUGAAGGAUUUGAUCGGAGUAUUAAUUGGUGCUGGUCUACAGAGUCAAAGAUUUGAGGUAUCAGAUGGGAUUAGAGAAAAGUUUUUUGGAUCUCUUCUAGUUUUUGCGAAGAGGUGGUUGGUUGUAGUGGAGAGUUUUGGAAGGUUGUUUAGUGGCACAGAAUUAUGGGGAUAUCAAAUCAGGGUCAUUCCAAUAUUUGCGAGUGGAUUGUUGGGAAAGGGAUUGACAGAGAAGAUGGAUUGUGAGGCAGCAGUUGACGGAAAAAACGCUGGGAAUUCAAUGGUGACUGACAUGAUGGUUAUCGAUGGGGGUCGUUUGGUUUUGGGCUGCGUAUGAUGUUGGUCGGUUGUGUUUGGAUUUUGAGUGUAUGGAGUUGAGUUUUAGUGGUUGUAACAAACGGUUUUACUACGGUUUGAAUUCUGGUUUCUUAUGGUUGGAUGUGGAUACUAUAAGGGUAAGAAUAUCCAUAGUCAACUGUGAUUGGGUUUCUCUAAGAAAUAAUCAAGGGAAUG